GGCGAUCGACGGGACACGCUUCUUUGGGUAGAACUCCAGUCGAGGUUUACGGAGCAAUGAGGCUGAGAAGUAGCUGUACAUCAAUUGUCUGUGCAGAUGUACUAGUAUUAUCUGUCAUCUUACACAUUUUGCUCCGAUUCUCUACCUCUCAAUUGAUAUUAAAAUCUCCCGAAAGUAAAGCUGUCUUCCCAAACCAGUCAGCAAGUUUUAUGUGUGAGGUAUUUGGGGGCUAUACUAGUUGGAGAGUGAACGGAUCACUGAUUAAUGGUCUAACGUCCGAGGUUCUUAAUGAUCUGGACACUUCAUUAGCCAACACUGAAGAAGGAAAUGCUUUAGAUAUCUUGACCAUCAAAGCCAGAACUGAAUACAAUGGAACCGAAAUUCAGUGUGUGACAUUUGGCGAUUUCUCAAAUUACAGUGAGAGUGUGACAUUGACUGUUCAAGGCUUGCUCUCAGAUGUUGCUGAUUUAAAUGCUUUGAAAAAUGCCUCGUCUGUUAAAGUCUCAUGGAGUCCUCCAUUCUCUCUGGAUGUGACUGGUGUUGAUCCUGAUAUCUGGUACUCGGUCCUCAUCUACAAUGUGACAGAUGAGAACAACCCAACAGCCAUCCUCUGUACUGACUGUAUCAAUAUUACUGAGACACACUACACCUUCACUCCUGAUGGCGUUGGUCCUUGUCACACAUACAAUUUCACUGUCAUUCCUUUCAAUGGAGCUGGCCAGGGGAGAUCAGUCACAAUGUUUCUUUUACAAUACUGGGGAGAAGGAGAGAGAGUGUGUAAUUACACUCUCCAGGGUGUUGCUGGUGCAGAUCAACUUAUUCAGUAUGGCCCCUUAGAGGGUGAAGACGACAUAUCCUACUUGCUCCCCGAUAACAAGAACUACAGUAUUUUUUUCAAAGUCAACUUCAAGUAUGGCACUACAAUCCUACCAAAUGACAGUUUCACCACGUACGAUAUCCAGAGUAUAUUGGCUGUAGUGGAAGAUGGUGGGAUUACGGUAAAAGGGGAAUUUGCCACUGACUCUCAGGCUAAAGGCUGUUUCGUAGUUCUCCAAGGAAACACAACUACGCCAGACUUUUACAGAGCACUUCAACGGAAGAAACUAGAUCAAAAUAUAUCAGUGCAUAUCUCGGUUCCUUCUUCUGUUUACACACUUUGUGCUUAUGACCUUGAGGAAGCUGCAUUCCCUGCCCUAAUGCCAGCCAGAACAUUAGAGAAUAUAGAAGUCUUCAACGGCACAUUUGAACCAUCCAAAACCCCAUCAGUGUUCAUAACAAAUGCAACUAUAUCACAAAGUGGAUCAGAGAUUACAAUUGAUUGCAAAUUUGCAGACAGUUAUCCGGAUGCUUCAUGUGUCCUGGUGUACAGGGAGCAUGGCAGCCUGGUUUUGAAAGCCGUGGAAUUUAACAACCUUUUACCAGUUACUAUUACUGUUCACAAUCCAGCCAAUUACACAUUUGCUCUGUUUGGAAGAAAUGGUGAAGUUAAAUUUGAGGAAGAGCCAGCACUCUGUGUAAAGUUUAGAGCGAUUGAAACAAAUGAGGGAAGCAGAAGUUCUUUGAAAACACAAAUCGUGAUAGCAUCUGUUGGGGCCAGUGCUUUUGGUAUCUUAUCUGCUGUUUUAAUCGCUGUGGCAGCGAAGCUUUGCCAUUUAAAGAUAAGUCGAGCAAAUAAAACCGCAGCUGCAGCUAAUGCUGUGUACGAUUAUGUCAGUCCACCACCGCCCACCUCCUCUUCUUCUGUUCCCACUAAACCCAACGAUGCAUAUGCUACCAUAUCAUUUCAGAGGAAUACCACUCGUUCGAUUCACACUGAGUCUAAUGUGGCUUAUGCAGUUUCAGGUCACUAUGUGUACAUGAACUACACUGGGUCAGUGUCAGAGAACCCAGAGACUCUGCUCUCAUUCCCGACCUACCACUACGUCUGCCACAUCUCCCUCUCCUACUUCUCCUCUCCCAAUCUGGAUAUGAGUCUCUUGAGGUUCAACAGUGAGCGAACCUUCCUCCCACCCUACACCGAGCCCACCACCACCACCACCACUCAGUGGAACCAUUGGAGGGUGGACUAUAACAUUUCCGAGGGUGGCAGAAUGGACUACCCGUUAAUGAUAAUGAUUGAAGGGGUUCUGGUUGGAGGAGAGGCGGAGGAAGAGGAGGGAGGGUUACAGGUUGCAGCGGUGGACAAUAUCACUCUCGGUUUCUGUCUUCCCUGUGACUUUGACCUUCUGCCUCAGCCAGGGAACCUUCAACUGACUGCUCCUCCUGCACUCAACGUAUCUCUGGGCCAAAUCACUAACUUAUCCCUCUCUGCCACCUCCCCUCUCUGUCCCUCCCUCCCUCUCAUCUUCAGUAUUGAUGCUGUGGAGCCACCCUCGCUGGCGGCUAUAUUCUCAGUGGACCCACAGACUGGAGUACUCACAUCCUCCCCUCCCCACAAUCCCUCACCUAUCAACUCCACACCUCACCACCUUCACUCAACUCACAGCAUCACCAUUGACACCCUCGGAGAGGUCACCGGGGUCGUUACCAUAGAUACAAUCCCCGAAAUACUCAGGGGAGGCGGGGCCAACAUAACAGUGGGUGUGGCCAAUCAAUUUGGAAGUUAUCUCGAACUCACCAUCCCUCUCCACUUCCCGCCCACCCCGCCUCUCCUCUUGAACUCUGACCUCUCGUUUAUGGUGGCGGAAAACCAUACGCUGGCAAUGGCCAACAAGGAACUAUCUACACUUGUUCUCAUAGACCCAAAUGGUGACCUCGUAGCAAUACCCUACACCACAUGGGAAGAUGGGAUAUUUCAACUGUUCCCAGUGGGGUAUAUUGAGGUGUGGAGAUGGGAGGGGAGACUGUUUGUAGACCAGACUAGACUGGACUUUGAGACUCAGUCUUCUUACUCUCUGAAUCUGACUGUGGCCGAUUCUGCUGCCAACUCGUCUCUCUCCACCUCCCUGACCAUCCACAUUACUCUCACCUCGGAAAACGAACAUACGCCAGUGUUUGUCAACUUCAAGUCCUCAGAGGUGGUUCAGGCCUCAGUGGCAGAAGGCUCUCUGGUGACUCCAGAGAAGGCCACAGACCAGGACCUCGGCCCAGCCGGCGAGAUCUCUUACUCCAUCUCCCACGGGAACAAGAACCAGUUUUUCCUGAUUGACGAGGCGGGGGACGUGAGGGUUGCCACCUCCCCCCUACUCCCCGAGGUGUACUCCCUGACAAUUGUGGCCGCUGAUCACGGGAGCCCCCCUCUAUCUGUCUCUGGUGUUCUCACAGUCACUGUUACUGCUGUGGGAGAGGUCGACUGUCAGACUCAGGCCUAUGGGAAGCCAGUCAUCCAUAGUGUAGGCAUCGAUGACUCCCACAUCCAGACCCAAGUUGGCUCAAACGUCACUCUCUACUGCUCCUACCAGGCCAACCCAGCUGUGGCUCUCUACCAGUGGGAGGUCAACCCUGUCUUCCCUCCCUCCACCUUCUCCUACGUCUACCCCCUCCCCUCCCCCUCUUCUCACGUCUCCCUCCUCCCCCACCAGCUGACCCUGGGCGGUGUGUCUGCCAGAGACGCUGCCUUCUACACCUGCAACGUCACCAACUGGUGUGGCUCUGCCACCGCCGUUCACAUCCUCUUCGUAAUCGACUAUCCCCUCCCUGUGAGAUCUCUGCACAGUCAGACAGUCCAGCAAGACUCCGCCCACCUCUACCCCACCACUCUUCACCUCUCCUGGCUCCCUCCCUCCCCCUCCUCCCUCUCCUCCCCUUACCCCACCAGCCCCCUUCUCAACAUCUCCGCUGAUUACUACCUUGUCCAGGUCGCUUUGUUUACCGGUAACCUUGGAAACGGUUACCGUGACGUCGCCAACGUGUCUACCUUGGUAACCAAUGUCCUGGUGGAUGAGUUGUUACCAGGCAACACGUACUACGUCCGUGUGGCAUCUGUCAACAGAGCUGGAGCCACGCCCUCUCAAAAUAUCACCCUCACUCUUCCACCAACAACACCCAAGCUGCUGUCAGUGGACACCAGACAGGAGGCCAACCACUCCAUCCUGGUCACAUGGGAGGUGGCUUACGAUGGUGGCUCACCCAUCACCCAGUUCACCAUCACCGUCUCCCCUCACUCUCCGCGUACCCGUCGACAGGAAGGGGGCGUGGUCUACCAUGUGGACUCCUCUGUCGGCUCUCUGCUGACGAGGCCACUGGAGACUGGGAGGAGGUACCUGGUGACCCUCUCUCUGGAGAAUUCUCGCGGGGAACAGAGCUACAGCCUCAGUGAGUAUGUUGGUCAUGUGGAGAGUGUUUCGUGUGACUUUGAGCCUCAGCAGGUCUGUCCGUGGAGACUGGAGGGAGGGACACUCACUGACACACCUUCAGGUAGAGUUGUGGAAACCAUUGUUUACGGACAGAGUUCAGAGGUCAUCCUGCGGCAUGUGGCGGCAGGGUACUCGUGUGGGUAUGGCUUCUCGUACCAGCUGUGGGGAGGGGCGGGGCUCCAGGUGAGGGUGGGAGGAGGGGGAGGAAGUGUGCUGUGGGAGGACAGUGGAGACACUGGUGACAAAUGGAAGCAGGUGACCACAUCAGAGGCACUAGAUGUGGACUAUCUCACUCUGUCCCUGAGCGGUCAUCUGGAGAUGGUAGUGCAGGCUAACGGCACCAGUGGAGGAGCCAGGGUUGAUAGACUACAGCUGGACUUUUGUCUUCCCUGUGACUUUUCCUCCCUCCAUCUUCCUGGGAUGUUUUCACUGGACUAUCCGGAGACUGUCGCCCUCCACUUCAGAGAAAGCUCUCAGAUUGUCAUUGCAACUGUCCUUGCUGAAUGUCGUGAAGCUGUGAUCCAAGUAGAUAUCAUCAGAGUGGUGCUUGGUGUUCUAGAGAGCUAUGUGUCGACGGAGAUCGAAGGUCACAAUGUCUCCGUCUCUGUUGGUUCCAUUCCAUCAGACGUGUCAGUCCAGACUGGACUAUUGCAAGUCUCGAUCUCUGUGGUUGGUUCAGAUUAUGCCAGUCCACCAGUCAACAAAUUAGUGGGCGUGGCUGAAAUUGAGUUCACAAUAGAGGAGGGACCGGAGGACAACUGUAGUGAUGUCGUCACCUGCCAGUUUGAGGGGGGUGUGGCUUGUGGGUGGAGUCUCGGGGAACAUGCCACCUUUGACACCCUGGCUAAUGGUGUUGCAGUGAAACUGAGUGUGUCAGAGUCCCAUUCUGGUGGAAUGGUACUGGGUCGGCAGUUCCCUGGAGACACAUAUUGCCGUCUCUCGUUCAACUAUGUGGCCCAGGGGGUGGAGCUAGUUGUCAUGGUCUCUGGAGUGGGCGUGGUCUGGACAAGCGACACUAACAGGGACAAUUCAGUAGACGGGAUUGCCACUGCAAAUUUCACCUUUGACCUCGCGGAGUCUAGUCUGCUAGAGGAACGGAAUGUGACGCUGGCCCUGGGCAGGGUGUGGAAUGGGAAUGGGACUGUACUCCUCCUAUCCCCCACCCUCUACCCAUGUAGCCAAUGUGCCUCUCCACCCGAGACCUGCUCCAACACCAGCAAU